AUGACCGACCUGGAAUACUGGCCCAAAGAAGAGGCACUGCACUGGUUCUAUGACAUCACAAUUCUACUCAGACCUAUUGUGAAAUCUUCAACGAGGAGAAGUCAACGAGGAGAAGUCAACGAGGAGAAGUCAACGAGGAGAAGUCAAGGAGGAGAAGUCAAGGAGGAGAAGUCAAGGAGGAGAAGUCAAGGAGGAGAAGUCAAGGAGGAGAAGUCAAGGAGGAGAAGUCAAGGAGGAGAAGUCAAGGAGGAGAAGUCAAGGAGGAGAAGUCAAGGAGGAGAAGUCAAGGAGGAGAAGUCAAGGAGGAGAAGUCAAGGAGGAGAAGUCAAGGAGGAGAAGUCAAGGAGGAGAAGUCAAGGAGGAGAAGUCAAGGAGGAGAAGUCAAGGAGGAGAAGUCAAGGAGGAGAAGUCAAGGAGGAGAAGUCAAGGAGGAGAAGUCAAGGAGGAGAAGUCAAGGAGGAGAAGUCAAGGAGGAGAAGUCAAGGAGGAGAAGUCAAGGAGGAGAAGUCAAGGAGGAGAAGUCAAGGAGGAGAAGUCAAGGAGGAGAAGUCAAGGAGGAGAAGUCAAGGAGGAGAAGUCAAGGAGGAGAAGUCAAGGAGGAGAAGUCAAGGAGGAGAAGUCAAGGAGGAGAAGUCAAGGAGGAGAAGUCAAGGAGGAGAAGUCAAGGAGGAGAAGUCAAGGAGGAGAAGUCAAGGAGGAGAAGUCAAGGAGGAGAAGUCAAGGAGGAGAAGUCAAGGAGGAGAAGUCAAGGAGGAGAAGUCAAGGAGGAGAAGUCAAGGAGGAGAAGUCAAGGAGGAGAAGUCAAGGAGGAGAAGUCAAGGAGGAGAAGUCAAGGAGGAGAAGUCAAGGAGGAGAAGUCAAGGAGGAGAAGUCAAGGAGGAGAAGUCAAGGAGGAGAAGUCAAGGAGGAGAAGUCAAGGAGGAGAAGUCAAGGAGGAGAAGUCAAGGAGGAGAAGUCAAGGAGGAGAAGUCAAGGAGGAGAAGUCAAGGAGGAGAAGUCAAGGAGGAGAAGUCAAGGAGGAGAAGUCAAGGAGGAGAAGUCAAGGAGGAGAAGUCAAGGAGGAGAAGUCAAGGAGGAGAAGUCAAGGAGGAGAAGUCAAGGAGGAGAAGUCAAGGAGGAGAAGUCAAGGAGGAGAAGUCAAGGAGGAGAAGUCAAGGAGGAGAAGUCAAGGAGGAGAAGUCAAGGAGGAGAAGUCAAGGAGGAGAAGUCAAGGAGGAGAAGUCAAGGAGGAGAAGUCAAGGAGGAGAAGUCAAGGAGGAGAAGUCAAGGAGGAGAAGUCAAGGAGGAGAAGUCAAGGAGGAGAAGUCAAGGAGGAGAAGUCAAGGAGGAGAAGUCAAGGAGGAGAAGUCAAGGAGGAGAAGUCAAGGAGGAGAAGUCAAGGAGGAGAAGUCAAGGAGGAGAAGUCAAGGAGGAGAAGUCAAGGAGGAGAAGUCAAGGAGGAGAAGUCAAGGAGGAGAAGUCAAGGAGGAGAAGUCAAGGAGGAGAAGUCAAGGAGGAGAAGUCAAGGAGGAGAAGUCAAGGAGGAGAAGUCAAGGAGGAGAAGUCAAGGAGGAGAAGUCAAGGAGGAGAAGUCAAGGAGGAGAAGUCAAGGAGGAGAAGUCAAGGAGAAGUCAAGGAGGAGAAGUCAAGGAGAAGUCAAGGAGAAGUCAAGGAGAAGUCAAGGAGAAGUCAAGGAGAAGUCAAGGAGAAGUCAAGGAGAAGUCAAGGAGAAGUCAAGGAGAAGUCAAGGAGAAGUCAAGGAGAAGUCAAGGAGAAGUCAAGGAGAAGUCAAGGAGAAGUCAAGGAGAAGUCAAGGAGAAGUCAAGGAGAAGUCAAGGAGAAGUCAAGGAGAAGUCAAGGAGAAGUCAAGGAGAAGUCAAGGAGAAGUCAAGGAGAAGUCAAGGAGAAGUCAAGGAGAAGUCAAGGAGAAGUCAAGGAGAAGUCAAGGAGAAGUCAAGGAGAAGUCAAGGAGAAGUCAAGGAGAAGUCAAGGAGAAGUCAAGGAGAAGUCAAGGAGAAGUCAAGGAGAAGUCAAGGAGAAGUCAAGGAGAAGUCAAGGAGAAGUCAAGGAGAAGUCAAGGAGAAGUCAAGGAGAAGUCAAGGAGAAGUCAAGGAGAAGUCAAGGAGAAGUCAAGGAGAAGUCAAGGAGAAGUCAAGGAGAAGUCAAGGAGAAGUCAAGGAGAAGUCAAGGAGAAGUCAAGGAGAAGUCAAGGAGAAGUCAAGGAGAAGUCAAGGAGAAGUCAAGGAGAAGUCAAGGAGAAGUCAAGGAGAAGUCAAGGAGAAGUCAAGGAGAAGUCAAGGAGAAGUCAAGGAGAAGUCAAGGAGAAGUCAAGGAGAAGUCAAGGAGAAGUCAAGGAGAAGUCAAGGAGAAGUCAAGGAGAAGUCAAGGAGAAGUCAAGGAGAAGUCAAGGAGAAGUCAAGGAGAAGUCAAGGAGAAGUCAAGGAGAAGUCAAGGAGAAGUCAAGGAGAAGUCAAGGAGAAGUCAAGGAGAAGUCAAGGAGAAGUCAAGGAGAAGUCAAGGAGAAGUCAAGGAGAAGUCAAGGAGAAGUCAAGGAGAAGUCAAGGAGAAGUCAAGGAGAAGUCAAGGAGAAGUCAAGGAGAAGUCAAGGAGAAGUCAAGGAGAAGUCAAGGAGAAGUCAAGGAGAAGUCAAGGAGAAGUCAAGGAGAAGUCAAGGAGAAGUCAAGGAGAAGUCAAGGAGAAGUCAAGGAGAAGUCAAGGAGAAGUCAAGGAGAAGUCAAGGAGAAGUCAAGGAGAAGUCAAGGAGAAGUCAAGGAGAAGUCAAGGAGAAGUCAAGGAGAAGUCAAGGAGAAGUCAAGGAGAAGUCAAGGAGAAGUCAAGGAGAAGUCAAGGAGAAGUCAAGGAGAAGUCAAGGAGAAGUCAAGGAGAAGUCAAGGAGAAGUCAAGGAGAAGUCAAGGAGAAGUCAAGGAGAAGUCAAGGAGAAGUCAAGGAGAAGUCAAGGAGAAGUCAAGGAGAAGUCAAGGAGAAGUCAAGGAGAAGUCAAGGAGAAGUCAAGGAGAAGUCAAGGAGAAGUCAAGGAGAAGUCAAGGAGAAGUCAAGGAGAAGUCAAGGAGAAGUCAAGGAGAAGUCAAGGAGAAGUCAAGGAGAAGUCAAGGAGAAGUCAAGGAGAAGUCAAGGAGAAGUCAAGGAGAAUCUUCGUCGUUGCAACACUGCGGUGUAUAGCUACAAUACUGUGCUUUGGUUUCAGACCCGUGUUGUGUCCAGAUGUCUGUGACUGCCGACUCGAAUUUGGAACCUGUGGCAGUGAUACAUGUGGUACUGGUUUUAUGCUGUGGCUCCGCUUCGAGUGGUCGCCCUGCACCGACUGUGACCGCUUCGAGUGGUCGCCCUGCACCGACUGUGACCGCUUCGAGUGGUCGCCCUGCAUCGACUGUGACCGCUUUGUGCUACUGGCCAGUGACGACACCGAACACUUCGACGGGUCGGCCUGUGUUGAAUGGGACCACUUCGAGUGGUCGCCCUGCGUCGACUGCGACCGUUUUGUGCUACUAGCCAACGACGACACUGACGACUUUGUUGGGUCAUCCUGCAUCGACUGCAACCACUUCGACGGGUCAUCCUGUGUCGAAUGCAACCGCUUCGUGCUACUGCCCUUCGACGACAGUGACCACUUUGUUGUACUGCCCUUCGACGACAGUGACCACUUUGUGGGAUCCGCCUGCGAUGACAGUGACCACUUUGGGGGAUCCUCCUGCGAUGACAGUGACCACUUUGGGGGAUCCGCCUGCGAUGACAGUGACCACUUUGGGGGAUCCGCCUGCGAUGACAGUGACCACUUUGGGGGAUCCGCCUGCGAUGACAGUGACCACUUUGGGGGAUCCGCCUGCGAUGACAGUGACCACUUUGUGGGCUCACCACGAGAGGAUAGUGAACACUUAGAGGUAUCAUCCUGUGAGAGUGAUUUCCACAUUGAACUGCACUGGCAGAGUGAUUUCUUCACUGAAUCACUCAGCGGCAAUGAUUUCCACAUCUCAUCACACUGGCAGUACCGUUCUGAAGCAGACUCGCGGUGUGAGGAUGGUAGGUAUGAUCUCCGCUGUGUUGUUGAGGUUUUAGGCGCUGCUGGCUGCAUUGUUGACGUCCGUAAGUGUUGA